AUGGAUAACGUAGAUUUAGAAAAUUUAAUUGAUGAUUUAGUACGUGAUCAAAAUUUUCUUAGUUAUUAUGAUUUAAAAGCAUAUCUCCAAAAAUAUGAUGAAAAUAUAACGGAUGAUGAUAUGGAUUAUUAUUAUUCAUAUUAUGAUAAUGAAUUUUUGAAAUAUCAUAAUGAAAUAAUUUCUAAAAUUAAAGAUAAAAUUAAAAAUAAUGAAUAUACAAAGGAAAAAACUAAAUCACAACUUAAACAUUUGAAAGAUUUCAAAAAUGAAGUAUUAACAGAAGAAGAUAUUGAUGAAUUAUAUAAAUUAUAUAAUCCUGAGCCACAAAAAACAAAGAAACAAAACGCCCGGGUCCUUCAGACCAAAAAUGAUGCACAAGCUUUAAUUUAUGAUUCAUUAGUUAAACCACAUUCAGCCCAACUUUUAAAUGAAGAUCAACUUUUGGAAUUCAUCCUUCAACAUAAACUCGAAGCAGGAAAGUAUAUCAAACCUUUAUAUACAGCAUAUUUAAAACAAAUGAAUAAAAUACAUCCGGAAUUAAUGAAAGGUGGAAUGAAUUCCACAACAUCAUCAUCCAAAAUCAAAGCAGAUAAAAUUAAACCACUCACAACACCAAAACCUCCAGCAGUAG